AUGAGGAAUGAAGGAAGUGAUAGCUGCCGGCCGACAAUGACUGCAGCUUCUGUAUGUAUAAUUUCCAGAAAUCUUACUCCUACGUUGAAGGAGCUGAUAUCACAGACUAUGGUUCGCUGGGCGCAAGAAGAUCAGAUCCAAGAUCCAGAAUUAGUCCGCAUUAUGUUUAACCUUCUUCGACGGCAAUAUGACAGCAUUGGUGAGCUGCUGAUGGCGCUGAGGAAGUCCUAUACUAUAAGUGCUGCUUCUGUGCAAGAUACAAUCAACUUAUUAGCCGCCCUUGGUCAAAUUCGCUCCCUUCUCAGUGUCAGAAUGGGAAAAGAAGAAGAAUUGCUUAUGAUUAAUGGCCUAGGAGAAAUAAUGAACAACAAAGUAUUUUAUCAGCAUCCUAACCUAAUGAGAGUCCUUGGCAUGCAUGAGACAGUUAUGGAAGUAAUGGUAAAUGUUCUUGGAGGAGACAAAUCUCAGAUUGCUUUCCCCAAAAUGGUUGCAAGUUGUUGUCGGUUCCUGUGCUAUUUCUGUCGAAUCAGUCGCCAGAACCAAAAAGCCAUGUUUGAGCAUCUCAGCUACUUGCUUGAAAAUAGCAGUGUGGGACUUGCCUCGCCUUCUAUGAGGGGUUCCACUCCACUAGAUGUAGCAGCUGCAUCUGUAAUGGACAAUAACGAGCUUGCACUUGCACUGGAGGAGCCAGACUUGGAAAAAGUUGUGACCUACUUGGCUGGUUGUGGCCUUCAGAGUUGUGCAAUGCUAUUAGCAGCAGGCUAUCCUGAUACUGGUUGGAAUCCAAUAGAGGGCGAACGAUAUCUUUCCUUCCUACGGUUUGCUGUUUUUGUUAAUGGUGAAAGUGUUGAAGAAAAUGCCAGUGUGGUUGUCAAGCUUCUUAUCCGUCGGCCAGAAUGUUUUGGGCCAGCUCUCAGAGGAGAAGGGGGAAAUGGUUUGUUGGCUGCUAUGCAAGGAGCAAUUAAGAUUUCUGAGAACCCUGCUCUUGAUCUUCCCUCCCAGGGAUACAAGAGGGAAUUUCUUGAAGAGGAUGAAGAAGAGGAAGAGAUAGUUCAUAUGGGCAAUGCAAUUAUGUCUUUCUAUGCAGCUCUUAUAGAUUUGCUUGGGCGUUGUGCACCGGAAAUGCAUCUUAUCCAAACUGGAAAAGGUGAAGCUAUUAGAAUCCGGUCAAUAUUGCGCUCCUUAGUACCGACAGAAGACUUGGUUGGAAUUAUAAGCAUACCACUAAAAUUGCCAACAGUGAAUAAAGAUGGAACAAUUACUGAGCCAGACAUGUCUGCAAAUUUCUGCCCUGAUCACAAAGCACCCAUGGUGCUUUUUCUAGAUCGUGUCUAUGGUAUAAAGGAUCAAGCUUUUCUUUUGCAUCUCCUUGAAGUUGGAUUUUUACCAGAUUUAAGAGCAUCUGCUUCACUGGAUACAGUUUCUUUGAGUACUACAGAGACAGCUCUUGCUCUAAAUAGAUAUAUUUGCACAGCUGUGUUUCCAUUACUCACGCGGUGUGCUUCCCUCUUUUCGGGAACUGAGCAUUAUGUUUCUCUGAUUGAUUCUGCACUUCAUACAAUAUAUCGGCUGUCCAAAGGACGUUCUCUUACAAAAGCACAAAGGGACACUAUUGAAGAAUGCUUGCUUGCUAUAUGUCAUUAUUUACGUCCUUCUAUGCUACAGCAGCUUUUGCGACGGCUAGUUUUUGAUGUACCUUUGCUUAAUGAGUACUGCAAAAUGCCACUUAAGCUUCUAACAAAUCACUAUGGGCAAUGCUGGAAAUAUUACUGUUUACCUUCAGGAUGGGGAAAUUAUGGAAUUGCAGCUGAAGAAGAGCUACAUUUGACAGAAAAACUUUUCUGGGGAAUAUUUGACUCCCUCUCACAUAAGAAGUAUGAUCCAGAGCUUUUCCGAAUGGCCUUGCCUUGUUUAAGUGCAAUAGCAGGGGCUUUGCCGCCAGAUUAUUUAGACACACGAAUUACCUCAGUUUUAGAGAAGCAAACUUCUGUGGAUGCUGAAGGAAACUUUGAUCCCAAACCUAUCAACACAGUGAAUUUUACACUGCCUGAAAAGUUGGAGCAUAUUGUCAAUAAAUAUGCUGAACAUACACAUGAGAAAUGGGCCUGUGACAAGAGUAACAGUGGAUGGAAGUAUGCUGUUUUACUUGAUGAAAAUAUGAAGACACAUCCUUUAAUGAGGCCUUUUAAAACACUGAGUGAAAAGGAAAAAGAAAUCUAUCGAUGGCCUGCCAGAGAAUCUCUUAAAACCAUGUUAGCAAUGGGAUGGAGUCUAGAAAGAACAAAAGAAGGAGAAUCAGUAGGACAACAACGUGAAAACGAAAAGCUCCGCAGUGUAUCGCAGUCCAGCCAUCAGGGAAAUGGAUACAGUCCCGCACCACUUGAUCUUUCAAAUGUUGUACUCUCCAGAGAACUUCAGGGAAUGGUUGAAGUAGUGGCAGAAAACUACCAUAAUAUUUGGGCUAAAAAGAAGAAAAUAGAAUUGGAAAGCAAAGGUGGAGGUAGCCAUCCUUUACUUGUACCAUAUGACACUUUGACAGCCAAAGAAAAGUCUCGGGACAGGGAGAAAGCACAAGAACUAUUCAGAUUUCUUCUGGUGAAUGGUGUUACUAUAUCUAGAGGCUUAAAUGAUUUGGAGUUGGAUGCUUCAUCCAUGGAGAAAAGGUUUGCUUACAAAUUUCUGAAGAAGAUUCUCAAAUAUGUUGAUUCUGCUCAAGAAUUCAUUGCACAUUUAGAAGCCAUUGUCACCAGUGGAAAAACUGAGAAAUCCCCUCAUGAUCAAGAGAUCAAGUUCUUUGCCAAAGUUCUGCUACCACUAGUUGACCAGUAUUUUACCAAUCAUUGCCUGUACUUCCUCUCUUCCCCAUCUAAGCCACUCAGCAGUAGUGGAUAUGCUUCAAAUAAAGAAAAGGAAAUGGUAGCAAGCCUUUUCUGCAAACUUGCUGCUCUUGUUAGACAUAGGAUUUCACUUUUUGGUAGUGAUGCUACUACAAUGGUUAGCUGUCUACACAUCUUAGCUCAGACAAUAGAUACAAGAACUGUUAUGAAAUCUGGCUCAGAACUAGUUAAAGCAGGACUGCGUGCCUUCUUUGAAAAUGCAGCUGAAGACCUAGAGAAGACAUCAGAAAAUCUUAAACUUGGAAAAUUUACUCAUUCUCGUACACAAAUUAAAGGGGUCUCGCAAAAUAUCAACUACACAACAGUGGCAUUGCUGCCUAUUUUAACAUCCAUUUUUGAACAUGUUGCUCAGCAUCAUUUUGGCACUGACUUGCUUUUGGGUGAUAUUCAGGUUUCAUGUUACAGAAUUCUUUGCAGCCUAUACUCUCUUGGAACUGGAAAGAAUAUUUAUGUUGAAAGACAAAGACCAGCUCUUGGUGAGUGCCUAGCUUCUCUUGCAGCAGCCAUUCCAGUAGCCUUUCUUGAACCUUCACUCAAUCUUUAUAACAUCCUCUCUGUCUUCAACAUGAAAACGGUCAGAGAGAGAGCCAUUUUAGGUAUGCCAGAAACUGUAGAAGAAAUGUGUCCAGAAAUCCCUCAACUGGAUGGCUUGAUGAAAGAAAUAAACAGCUUGGCAGAAUCUGGAGCCAGAUACACUGAAAUGCCUCAUGUGAUUGAGGUGAUCUUGCCCAUGCUGUGUAACUACCUAUCAUACUGGUGGGAAAAAGGGCCUGAAAAUAUCUCUGAAGGUGAUGGACCCUGUUGCACAAUGGUAACCUCUGAACAUCUUAGCAUAAUCCUGGGGAACAUUUUGAAAAUCAUCAACAAUAACCUUGGGAUAGAUGAAGCAACUUGGAUGAAGAGAAUUGCAGUGUAUGCUCAGCCAAUCAUUAGCAAGGCAAGGCCUGAUCUGUUGAAAAGUCAUUUUAUUCCAACAUUGGAAAAACUGAAGAAAAAAGCUAUCAAGAUUGUAAUGGAGGAAGAACAACUGAAGGCAGACAGUAAGACUGAUACUCAAGAAGCAGAACUCCUUAUUCUAGAUGAAUUUGCUGUUCUUUGCCGAGACCUAUAUGCAUUUUAUCCUAUGUUGAUCCGAUAUGUAGACAACAACAGAUCAAAUUGGUUGAAAAAACCAGAUGCAGAUUCUGAUGAACUUUUUCGAAUGGUAGCUGAAGUUUUCAUCCUCUGGUGCAAAUCACAUAAUUUCAAGAGAGAAGAGCAAAAUUUUGUAAUUCAGAAUGAAAUCAACAAUUUGGCAUUUUUGACAGGAGACAGCAAGAAUAAAAUAUCAAAACAGAUUGCUCGGAGGGGAAUGGCCAUGCAAGUAAAGUCUGGAGGUCAGGAUCAAGAACGCAAAAAAUCAAAACGUAGAGGAGAUUUAUAUUCAAUACAGACUUCUCUGAUUGUAGCAGCACUUAAAAAAUUACUUCCCAUUGGGCUGAAUAUGUGUACCCCUGGAGACCAAGAACUGAUUUCUCUUGCUAAGUUCAGAUACAGCUGUAAAGACACAGAGGAAGAGGUCAAAGAGCAUUUACGCAAUAACUUGCAUUUGCAGGAGAAGUCAGAUGACCCUGCAGUAAAAUGGCAGUUGAAUCUGUACAAAGAUGUCUUGAAAACUGAUGAACCCACUGAUCCUGAGAAAACUGUGGAACGAGUACAAAGGAUCUCAGCAGCUGUCUAUCAUCUGGAACAGGUUGAGCAGCCAUUAAGAUCAAAGAAAGCGGUUUGGCACAAACUGUUGUCAAAACAGCGUAAAAGAGCAGUUGUUGCUUGUUUUAGAAUGGCUCCGUUGUAUAAUCUGCCAAGACACAAAAAUAGCAAUUUCUUCCUGAGCACCUUUCAACGUGUAUGGCUGGAAACAAUACAUGAAAAAACUCAGUAUGACAGGCUCAUACUCACAUUAACGACCCCUCCAGAAAAAGAUGAGGAGGAGGAGGAAGAGAUUGAAAAACAUCCUGAUCCUCUUCACCAGAUCAUUCUUCACUUUAGUAGGAACGCUCUCACUGAAAGAAGCAAACUGGAAAAUGACCCGUUAUAUACUGCAUAUUCAGCAAUGAUGGCAAAGAGCUGUCAUUGUGGAGUAGAUGAUGCUGAUGAAGAAGAGGAAAAGGAGAAGACAUUUGAAGAAAAAGAAAUGGAAAAGCAGAAAACUCUGUAUCAACAAUCUCGACUCCAUGAACGUGGAGCUGCUGAAAUGGUACUACAGAUGAUUAGUGCCAGUAAAGGGGAAAUGGGGCCCAUGGUAGUUGAAACUUUGAAACUUGGCAUUGCUAUUUUAAAUGGAGGUAACCCCGUUGUCCAACAGAAAAUGUUGGACUAUCUGAAGGAGAAAAAAGAUGCUGGAUUUUUUCAGUCUCUCUCUGGCUUAAUGCAGUCUUGCAGUGUUCUUGACUUGAAUGCCUUUGAGAGACAAAAUAAAGCAGAAGGCCUUGGAAUGGUUACUGAGGAAGGAACACUCAUCGUACGUGAGCGUGGUGAGAAAGUACUACAGAAUGAUGAGUUUACUAAAGAUCUCUUUAGAUUUUUACAACUGCUGUGUGAAGGUCAUAACAAUGAUUUUCAGAACUAUCUACGAACUCAGAUGGGCAAUACCACAACAGUGAAUAUUAUUAUCAGCACAGUUGAUUAUCUCUUGCGUCUUCAGGAAUCAAUCAGUGAUUUCUACUGGUACUACUCUGGAAAAGAUGUAAUUGAUGAAUCUGGACAACGUAACUUCUCUAAAGCAUUAGCUGUGACAAAACAGAUUUUUAAUUCACUUACUGAAUAUAUCCAAGGACCUUGCAUUGGAAACCAGCAGAGCUUGGCACACAGUAGAUUGUGGGAUGCAGUUGUUGGAUUCCUUCAUGUUUUUGCUAACAUGCAAAUGAAACUUUCUCAGGACUCCAGUCAGAUUGAAUUGCUGAAGGAGCUGUUGGAUCUCCUGAAGGAUAUGGUGGUCAUGCUUUUGUCACUACUUGAAGGUAAUGUUGUAAAUGGCACAAUUGGGAAACAGAUGGUGGACACUCUGGUUGAAUCAUCUAGCAACGUAGAAAUGAUCUUGAAGUUCUUUGACAUGUUUCUCAAGUUGAAAGAUCUAACAAGCUCAGAAGCCUUCAAAGAGUACGACCCAGAAGGUAAAGGCAUAAUCUCAAAGAAGGAAUUCCAGAAAGCCAUGGAAGGUCAAAAGCAAUAUACACAAUCAGAGAUUGAGUUCCUGUUGUCCUGUGCAGAAACUGAUGAAAAUGACAUGUUUAAUUAUGUUGAUUUUGUUGAAAGAUUCCAUAAACCAGCCAAAGAUAUUGGCUUUAAUGUGGCUGUACUUUUAACAAAUCUUUCAGAGCACAUGCCAAAUGAUUCAAGACUUCAAACUUUAUUAGAUCCAGCAGAAAGUGUACUUAACUAUUUUGAACCUUAUUUGGGGCGCAUUGAGAUAAUGGGUGGUGCCAAGAAGAUAGAACGGGUUUAUUUUGAGAUCAGUGAAUCCAGUAGAACACAAUGGGAAAAGCCUCAAGUUAAAGAGUCAAAAAGGCAGUUUAUUUUUGAUGUUGUAAAUGAAGGUGGCGAACAAGAAAAAAUGGAACUUUUUGUAAACUUCUGUGAGGACACAAUUUUUGAAAUGCAGCUGGCAUCUCAGAUUUCUGAAUCAGACACAGUUGACAGACCUGAAGAAGAGGAGGAUGAACCUUGCUAUGUGAGGGAAGUUGGGGAGGAUGAGAAAGAAGAACAAUCCCUCGAAUCAGCUUCAGCUUUUGCAAUGGCAUGUGUUGCACUGAAGAAAAAUGCUGCCACAAUUUUAAAGAUGAUCAGACUGAAAAACUUAAGAAAACAGUAUAGAAAACUGAAAAAAAUGACUAUGAAAGAAUUGGUGAAAGUGUCUUUAUCUUUUUUCUGGAUCCUAUUUGUAGGAAUCUUCCAAACGUUUCUCACUAUAUUGUGGGGUGUUUUCCAGAUUCUGUGGAGCACUGUAUUUGGGGGUGGUUUAGUGGAAGUAGCAAAAAAUAUAAGAGUUACCAAAAUUCUAGGAGACAUGCCUGAUCCAACACAGUUUGGAAUUCAUGAUGACGUCCUCGAAGCAGAGAAAAUUGAAGUUACAGAACACGGCAUUACAGCUGAAAUUGUUCAGUUUGUAAAAAAUGAAAAAGGAGAAAGUGACAUCUUGUCAGAUAUUUUUGGCAUUCAUACAAAGAGAGAAAGUGGAUCAAAACAUGGUCAUGAUGUUGGACUAGGGGAUAUUGCUGAUGCUAUUGGAUCAGAAACUCCUCCUUUGGAAAGUGCAGUCUGCAAGAAGAAAAAAGCACAG